AUUCAUCGAGGAAGAGGAUGCGACCAUGUUGGUUUAAAGGAAGAAGAAACACAAUAGAGAAAAAAAUAUUUCAGGAUAUCUCCAGCUAAUUUAGAAGAAAAUCGUCGAUUCAUCGAACGAAGAUAAUUGAACGUAAAGUAACGCAGGAUUUCAGGUGGGGCUUUGGAGUCAUCAGUCUGGAUCUUUUGGAGACGGAGGGUUUGCCACGCCGCUCGCUUUGGGCCGACCGGAUCAUCCGUUCCGUCGACGGAGAGGAGGAAUAAAACCGUAACUGAAAGGAAACGCACCGAGAACUCAGCAAGGAGGAAAAGCUUCUCCGCUUUUGGACUAAAACCUUGUUGGAUCUUUGUUUCCUCGACUUAUAAAGAAGCAGAACGUCUCCCAGUGGAAGGAAGCAGAAUACAGGACUUCUGGAGACUAUCUUCUACAAACUUUGGACAUCCUUUUCUCCGGAUCAGGGAUAUGCAGCAGCUCUCUGGGACUCUGUAAAAAUAAAUCAGAGAUAUCGUUCUGACCAGAUAUACUGACCUGAGCUCAUUUUGGUGCAGAUUGCCUUAGUUGUUCUGUUUCAGGACUAGAACCACUUUGAUGCUUGUUCACAUAUAAUUUUCUAUAUCGUGGGCGAGUUAAUUUCUGCAUUUGAUUGCAGAUUUCUCUUCAUUUGGAAGAGUUUUUGACUAAAAGCAGUUUUUGUUUUCGCUGGCCGUGCAGCCGUCUCUCUGUUUGUCGAAGAGGACUGAGCUGCACCUUUGUGUCUAUAUGUAAAUAUUACUGAGCCAUUUCUCUGCAAAACUUUUUGACACAGAGAACAUAUUGUUGAACGCUUUAUCAAACUUUUUUUUUUCUACUUACUAGAGAAUAUAAAAAAGAGACAAAUCUAAAAAAAAAAAAGAAAAAAAAAACGAACUGAAGUUCAGGAAAAAAAAUGGCAACUGCCCGAACGGAAAACCUUGGUCCAGUCAUGAUGGGACUGAAUAAGCAGAACGGGCAGCUGAGAGGACAGACCAAACCUGCUGCAGGACCCCCCACAUCAACACCAGCAAAGAAUCCAGCUGGGAGCAACCAGGAAGGAGGAGGAAUCAAGUUCGGGGACGACUGGAAGAAAUGCCUACAGCUCCCCCCGAGGGACAACAGGGUCAAAACCUCAGACGUCACGGCGACGAAGGGAAACGAGUUUGAAGAUUACUGCUUGAAAAGGGAACUUCUGAUGGGGAUCUUUGAGAUGGGCUGGGAGAAGCCAUCGCCGAUCCAGGAGGAGAGCAUUCCUAUCGCGCUGUCGGGGCGGGACAUCCUGGCUCGAGCCAAAAACGGAACAGGGAAAAGCGGAGCCUACCUGAUCCCGCUGCUGGAGAGGAUAGACCUGAAGAAGGACCACAUACAGGCCAUCGUCAUGGUGCCCACGCGGGAGCUGGCUCUGCAGAUGAGUCAGAUCUGCAUCCAGCUCAGUAAACAUCUGGGAGGAGUGAAAGUCAUGGCGACGACCGGGGGAACCAACCUGCGGGACGACAUCAUGCGUCUGGAUGAGACUGUACAUGUGGUCAUCGCCACGCCCGGUCGGAUCCUGGACUUGAUCAAAAAGGGGGUGGCGAAGGUGGACAGGGUCCAGAUGAUGGUGAUGGACGAGGCCGACAAACUGCUCUCUCAGGACUUUGUGGUCCUCAUCGAGGACAUCAUCAGCUUCCUGGCUAAGAACCGGCAGAUCCUGCUCUACUCUGCUACCUUCCCCAUCAGCGUUCAGAAGUUUAUGGUGAAGCACCUUCAGAAGCCCUACGAGAUCAACCUGAUGGAGGAGCUGACCUUGAAGGGCAUCACUCAGUUCUACGCCUACGUGACCGAACGGCAGAAGGUCCACUGCCUCAACACGCUGUUCUCCAGGCUUCAGAUCAACCAGUCCAUCAUCUUCUGUAACUCCACUCAGAGGGUGGAGCUCCUGGCCAAGAAGAUCACCCAGCUGGGAUACUCCUGCUUCUACAUCCAUGCCAAGAUGAUGCAGGAAUACAGGAACCGCGUGUUCCAUGACUUUAGAAACGGCCUGUGCCGGAACCUGGUCUGCACCGAUCUCUUCACCAGAGGAAUCGACAUCCAGGCUGUGAACGUCGUCAUCAACUUUGAUUUCCCUAAAAAUGCUGAAACAUACCUUCAUCGCAUCGGAAGAUCAGGGAGGUUUGGCCACCUGGGUCUGGCCAUCAACCUGAUCACCUCAGAGGACCGCUUCAACCUGAAGGCCAUCGAGGAGCAGCUGGUGACCGACAUCAAGCCCAUCCCCAGCAGCAUCGACAGGAGCCUGUAUGUGGCCGAGUACCACACCAGCAGCGGCGACUGUGAGGUGGAGGAGGUGGAGGAGAAACCCCAACGCCAGCAGGACAGCACCUAAGACAGGAAUCUGGUUCCUAAUCGGAUCGUCUUCUCCUCCUCAGAUCAUCCAGACACUCCGGGCUAAAGCAACUCUACCCUCCCUCCUCAUCCCCGCUACCCAGAGCGCCGCACGGCGGCAUAAAGCUCCCUUCACUUCCUCAGUUCUUCUGGUUCAAAGCUGUUGUUCUGCAUCGUCCUCCGAUCCUACCAGUCCGCUUCCCUCCGCAGCCGCCGCUCCCUCAGGUGGACGUCCAGCCGCCGCUCUGACACCUGCUGUUGUCACUCAAGUGCCUUAAUCCCCCCCGUGCACGCUCCCCUCAGUCCUGCUGCAGCAGCAGAGUACGAGCACAAACAGCAACCCCCCCCCCACUGUCUCACCAUCUGUUAUGCAAGAAAAAUGAGAAAACGUGGCAUUCUCCUGGUGAGGUGUGUUUUUUGAAGUGUUGCAAUAAAAAAGGCAGCUUUCUUUAAAUAUUGCGUGACUGUUUCGCCCUCCUGAUGGAUCCUAAACGAAUAGACCCCCCCCACCCCCGCAUGGAUUCACGGCCGUGCACGGGAGCCUCCCUCUCUACGCGAUCUGGCUGCUGCGUACCGGGGGGGGCGGCUGCUUCGGACCCCCAACCCGACGCUGAUGCAGAACAACAGUUUUCCCCUCGUCCAGCUCGGACGCGUCCCGCAGCGAAUGUAUGUGAUGCCAACGUUUGUUCCGCCGCCUGGUUGGGAUCCAUCCACCGAGACGCUUCUCUGAAAUCCGCACUUUGUUGCCGGGAAUGAAGCUUUUCCAGGAACCAGGAUGGACGUCUGAUUCCCAUCAGAUUUUCUUUGUCAAUUUUUCAGCUAAACCAGACGGUGGUUCAGUUUCUGCACCAGAACCGAACCCCAGCGACCCAGUUAUCCCAACCGAGCCCACAAACCUUUCCAAAAUGUCCUUUUUUUGUUGUUUGUUGCGGCUGCUGCUGUCUGAAACGUCCCGGUUUUUACUUCCCGGUUGGACCCGGAAGUGAUGAAACCAUCACCGUGUUAGAAAAGGAUCUGCAGCGGCCGCCGUUCCACCUUUCCUCUCCUCCUGCUGGACUCCAGCGUGUUUCUGAAUGAGCGUCGAUUUGGACUCUGCAGGACUGUAGCAUCUUAAACAGGCAGCUGGGGUUUCUCUGUUCUCCCCUUACAGAGCGUCACUAAUGAUUAAAAAAACAAAAAAAAGAAACAAAAAAAAAAAGUUUUGCUUUUUCAGAUUAUCGGGAAGCUCUCUGUGCAUCUUAAAUCUCUGGUACUUAAAUCAGAACAAAUCUUUUAUUUGAAUUAUCUUUUUUUUUUCACCAAAAACAGUUUAUUUGUGUUUGAAGCGGAGAGGUUCUGAAAGCACUGUGAUCUUCUCCGCCAUCGUUUCUCCAACAGAGCAAUCUUCUUUAACGAGGUGUUUAAAAAAUCCUCUGGAAGCAAAGAGGGAAGCUGUAAAUCAAUCUGUUUACAUUUUCCGGUUUAAACCAGAAAACAUUUGGCUUCGUCUGAAGAUCUUUUUUUUUUUUUUUAGGUUUCUAGAAACUGAUUUUCAGGAUUGAAGCAAAACCAAAAAAGGUGAAUGUGUGUUGGAGGCGAGGGCGGCGUGUGAGAGGAGCGUUUGUGGGCGUGGCUGAAAAUCCCGACAUGCAGAUUCUGCCGAACCGCAACCGGAAUCGGAAAGAUAAGUUAAGCUGCAUGUCGGCGAGUGUCUGUUUAUCGUUUUUUUUUUAUCUGAUCUGACAUUGGAAGAGUCGGGCGCCGGAUCAGAUUUCCAGCUGUCGUCAGGGAUGUGAUCCGUUUUAGUUUUUCCUUCUUCUCCAGAAAUGUUGUCAUAAAAGUUCCCGCCUCCUUUUCGGAUCACGUCCCUGAUGACGAAUCCAUCAUCACCUCCUCUAGGUUCCAGUUCAAGCAUUGGCUGAUGCCACCCAGCCUUUAUUCCCAUUUAACUUUGGUUUCCCAGAUUAAACUGAAUAUUCCCACUGGAAGGAAAACGAUAAAUGAAUCCUUUGUUUAGAGACGGAUCCAGAUUAAAUCCCUGGAACUGGAGGAGGUGAUGAGUGUUCUGUGAGUCUGCUGUCUUUGUGUUUUUGUGUCUGAGCUCCGAUGUGGAGCGUGUUGGGGGUGGGGGGGUGUUAAACCCAAACUAAAUCUAAACCUGGGAUGGGUUCAGGGUUCGAGUGAUUUCCUAGAGGAGGAAAAUAAACCAAAACAUCGACGCCAUGAUUUGAAUUUCUAAGUUUUCAGAGUUAAAUUUGAUCUCCCGAUUUAAACCCGGCCUGCUGCCGGAGGCGUCCGAUGACGUCCCGAUUAAAAACUGUUCAAUUAGGCUCAAACGUCCUGCAGGCUUUUUUCCUUCUUUCAAUUCGGACUUUUUGUUCAGGAAUUCUGUUUAUUUUCCUCCUAAAUGCCCUCAGGGUUUAUUGACAUUAAAUUAAGAGAAAUAAAACUUUAAUUGGUUGAUCUACAAAACUGUAAUUUCUUUUUCUUGUUUUUUUUUUCCUGUAAGAAAACUCCAGUAAGAUUUUGACCAAACUGCCCUCUACUGGUGUAACCUGGAAAAACAUGCAGGGAUUCAAAAUUCAAUAAAUUGGCCUGAACUUU